AUGAAAAUGAUCAGCGUUGACGACAUAUGGCCACAGCUUGAAGGGAAGCAGACCUGCGCCAACGAGGCUGCCGGGAAGGUAAUUCGAGAAGCCUGGGCUGCAGCCACUACCAACCCCGACACAACAAACGGUAGAGGCGCGUCUUCUUCUUCCGCCUCUUGGAGCAUCAGGCGCAGCGUCGUGGAGUACAGCGACGGGGACACGGCCCUCCAAGGCCUCUACGCAAGACCCGAAGGCGAGGGCCUUCCCGACCGGCUUCCUGGCGUCAUCCUCGCGCACACCGCGGUGGGCCUGCAGGAAGACAUGAUUCUGUGGAAGCUGGAUCAGAUUGCCCUUCUCGGCUACGCGGCGUUCGCUCUCGACAUGUUCGGCACGGGGCGCGCCCUGUGGAACCGCGCCGAGUCCCUUGCGGCGAGAAGGCCAAUCACCGAGGACCGAUCCCUCAUGCAGGCACGUGCGACGGCGGCCGUCCGAACCCUCAGCCAGAUGGAAGGGGUUGAUCAAGAGAGGCUCGCGGCGGUGGGAUACUGCUUCGGGGGCAUGACCGUCUUGGAUCUCGCGAGGAUGGUACGCACUGACGGUGAUGAUGCCGGCGCAAACACGCCUCCGCGGCUUAAAGCGGUGGCGUCCCUGCACGGGAUCCUAGCGCCGAUUUCGCCGGGGACAGGGGGCGAGGACGGUGCGGAUCUGGCAGCGGAUGACGCCGCGCUUGCUGUGCCAAGGGUGCUGGUGUUGCACGCAACGGCGGACCCGUUUGUGCCGCCAGAGCAGGUGCGAGCGAUGGAAGAGGAGUUCUCGCGGCGAGGGGCGAGGCUCGAGGUCGUCCGGUACGGCGGGGGUGCCAUGCAUGCCUUCACGAGACCCGAGAAGACGAGUCAGGCCGACAGGGACGCGGGCCUGUCGUACUGCGAGCACGCCGAAGAGGACUCGUGGCGCAGAGUCGUGGAGCUACUGCGGGAGGAGUUUGCGUGAAACCAGAUUGUUAUGGUAU